AUGGAGCACUGGACCGCUCACUGGAUGGCUGCGACUGCAAUUCUGGAUGAUCGAGAGUUUACGAUUAUUAAUGUGUACGCGCCCGUGCUGAGGUCCGAGCGGGAGAAGCUGUUUCAAUCGCUCGAACACGUGGUAUCCAGUGUCGAUAGUCCGGUGUUUCUUUGCGGCAAUUUCAAUUGCACGCUUUUAGAUUCUCGCGAUCGGUCUUACACUUCUCGCUGGAACAGCCAUGACCCUCCGGCACUGCGCCGCCUUCUGGAUUGCGGCGGCUUAACUGAUGUUUUGGAUGACGACAUCGACGACCACGAUUCGGACAUUGAUUGGCGAGUCAAACAUCACACGUAUUUCUAUACGAUGCCGGGUGGGCGUGAGGCAAGCUGUCGACUUGACCGGUGGUACUGCUCGGCCGUCGACGGAGAAUGGGUACGCGUAAUCGGCACGUCUAUUCCUGGUCCUUUCUCCGAUCACAACGGUGUUUAA